UCACCGUAAAGACUGCAAAGGCACAAAGUAUCAAGACGAUUGUAAUCGYGAAUGUCAAUGCAAAGAUGGCCAUCGCACCACCAYUUGCGYACGCGUAMGGCGWGAAUUCACCUCRAUGUCUCCAGGGGAACGUCUCAUGUUUAUACGGAGCUUUAAGAAACUUACAGAAAACAAAUAUCUAAAAAAGGAAUACAACAAUCUUGUGGACUCAUAUCGAAAUCUUUUUUCAAAGUAUAUUCACACUCAAAGRUACUUUUURCCWUGGCAUAGAAACUUUCUUUUGAAAGUUGAGAACUUACUUCGUAUUGUUGACUGCCGCGUUACUAUCCCCUUCUGGAACUGGACACUAGCAUCCGGGAACCCAUGGACAAAUUCAACCAAUGGAAUCUGGAGUACAUCACGUGGUCUGGGCCAUGAUGGUGCAUUAAUCGACAAGUGUGUCAAAAGUGGUCCUUUCCGAAAAACUCAUUGGAAAUUGAAUAAUUCAAAUGGGAGAAAGUCUUGUCUUCAACGAAACUUCGAUAAAACUGCCCACUUUCCAGGGAAAUCUCACAUUCAGACAUUGUUAAAAAAACCCAUUGAUAAAUUUCAACAAUUUGAACGCAAAUUACGCCAAUAUCAUCACAUUGUGACGUGCGCAAUAGGGGGUACUAUGUGCUCAGUUGAUAACAUUUUGGCACCGGAGUAUCUUCUCAUUGCGUCAUUUAUUGACCAUAUAUGGGCAUUGUGGCAGUCAAGUUCUCCUGACCAAUGGCCUACCGGAUUUCCCAAGAUAUCCGAUCUAUUACCAGGCUUUAAGACCUACACGGGAGAAGUCCUACAGAAUAACAAUCUUCCUGGUUGUAUUCGAGUGAAAUAUGAAACUUUUAAGUUAAGAAGUGGAUUUGCUGCAGGUAAAGCGAAGUCUAGUUCUUCCAAAGAAUUUAAUCGAAAUUAUUAUCUACCAGUCAGUAAAAGAACAAAGAAGUUGUAUGAAGACGACAAGAAAGAGGAAUAUAACAGGACUUCMAAAAAUAUCACAAAAAUAGGGAAAUUUACUCUCUYUCCUAAAUAGUCCGUCUAUUGCAACUUAAACUAGUGCGCCUUUUGCGUCAGACAGAUUAAAGAAAUUAAACCAAAAGUUUACAACAAAAACAAAGUUUUGCAAAACACAUGAACCUAGAACAGACUAAACAGGAGACUGGACAUACCAAGGAAUUGCCCCAGAAAAUUAAGUUGUUCUUCGUUUAGCAGCCAUAUAUUGUAAUCUUACCUUAUUUGGACUGGUUUUUGGCGAUUUCCUCGACUUUCAAAGCAUGAAAUCGUCUGAAACUUGCAGAUAUUAUAGCGAAAACACUUCUCAACAAUCGGCCAUUUUAAAAACAUAUGUGUAGUUGUCUCUAGCUUAGUUUUUUAUUCAGACGUUUCGAUCUACUCUCAGAUCUUCUUCAGUGCAAAAAAAUGAUCAUAAAUCCUAACUGCAACAAUGAUAUUUUUAAAUCGGCCAUUUUGUUUGUU